AGCAAGAUGAAAUAUGGAGGCAGUGGCGACCCUAAUAGUGAAAUAUCAAAAAAAUGAGAGCUCUAGUUUACUUUGUUACCGGCAAGCUAGCUAACGUUAGCUAAUACAAUUUAAAUCAAGUACUACUGGUGUGUUUUGCUAGCUAUUGCUGCAAUUGUUAUUUUCAUAAGGAGAGAAGUUAUCACAUUGCUACGACUUGGGAACAGCACAGCUAAAAGGAGGACAGGAGAUAUGUGCGCCGCGAUGUACGUGUUGUCCACCGUGACGGGAUAUGUUCUCACCUCCGUACUGCUUUUUAAAUGUCCGUCACUUUUGCAUCGGAAGAAACGGGAGACGUUCAGGGGCAGACACAUAUCGCACCGCGGAGGUGCAGGUGAAAACUUGGAGAACACCAUGGCAGCUUUCAAACAUGCGGUACAUUUGGGCACGGACAUGUUGGAGCUGGACUGCCACCUCACCAAGGACGAGCAGGUGGUGGUGUCACAUGACACCAACCUGAGGAGGUCGACGGGCGUUUGCGCCAACAUCUCGGACCUGGCGUACAACGAGCUGCCUCCUUACCUGUGCAAGCUGGAUGUCACCUUCCAGAAAGAGUGCUUCUGUGAGGGGGGAGAGGAUAAGCGCAUUCCCCUGCUCAGGGACGUGUUCGAGGCCUUCCCCAACACCCCCGUCAACAUCGACAUCAAGGCCAACAAUGACACGCUCAUCAGCAAGGUCUCAGAGCUGGUGGUGAAAUAUGACCGUGAGCACCUGACCGUGUGGGGAAACUCCAGCAAUAAGAUCGUGCAGAAGUGCUACCAGGAGAACCCGCGCAUCCCCAUCCUGUUCAGUAUGAAGCGGGUUCUGGUGCUGGUGGGGCUGUUCUACACCGGCCUGCUCCCCUUCGUGCCCCUCCGAGAGCAGUUCCUGGAGAUCCCCAUGCCCUCCAUCUUCACCAAGUUGAAAGAUCCCAGGCGAUUGACUAAGAGCCAGCGUUUCAUUACCUGGGUGGCUGAUACGCUACUGAUGAGAAAAGCCUUAUUUGACCACCUGACCGCCAGAGGAAUUCAGGUCUAUGUGUGGGUGCUGAAUGAUGAAGAGGAUUUCCAGCGUGCGUUUGCUCUGGGAGCCACUGGGGUGAUGACAGACUACCCCACCAAAUUGAAGGAGUUCAUGGAGAAACAGAGCACCUAAACACCCCCUGACCUAUGACCCCACUGAACAUCCAAACCACUUCUUCCUAACUCCCCCAACAAUAAUCCAAACCACAUCCACCUAAUGUGCCCUGAACAUCUAAACCACCUUCCUUCUCACCAUGUGACCUGUGACCCUCCACCGCCCCCCCCCCCGUCACAUCCAGAGGAUUACCCAGAAUCCCCCUGUGCACUGCCCAUGGUGACCCACCUGUUCAUAUGCACACACAUUUACCUGCCAGCAUUGAGCACAUAGAUUACAGGCCUGCCAGCUCUCUACCUCUCACAUUCUGUCUUUAUUCACAUCCUUAUUACAUCCUUAUACACAUCCUCACACACAUCCUCACUCACAUCCUUAUUACAUGCUUAUACACAUCCUCACACACAUCCUUAUUCACAUCGUUAUUACAUCCUUGUACACAUCCUCACACACAUCCUUAUUCACAUCCUUAUUACGUACAGAAAAACUCUUCUGUGCUCCGGCCUCGGCCAUCUUUAGUGUAAAACUCUAAAGAUUGCACUGAUGUGUGCUGUAGAGGUGCAUGUAAUUCACAGUGUUUAUACCGCAGCUAGUGCACUAAACCUUCCUGUGUUUAAAUGGACUCAGUCAGAUGGAGAAGACUCUACACAGCACAACGUGUAAAGCGCCUUUACUCUCUAACAGACUGAGAACAGUGUGCUUUUUAUUUUCAUUUCUUAUGCAAUAAUGUAUGCAUGUUAAUGUCCUCCUGUUGUUUCAUUUCAAACCCCCCUGACUGUGUUUUCUGUUUUUGAAUCGCAGUAUUUGACGUCUCUGAUACCUGAUUUUCUUCCUUAUCGAUCCUUGCAGUGUUAUUGUAUAAUUAUGUGUUAUUGUACUCUAUAGUAACACUUUGAUCUGCCCUAGCAGGCAUUUUACAGACAUUUACAGUGACAGUGUCCGUAACAUCAGAGUACUGUUAACCGGUGUGAAUGGGAGGCGGAUUCUGUUUGAAGUUGAGACGCUUUAAAAGUGGCUCUUUUUACAGCAGCGGGUUCAGUCUCUCGGGAGAGAGACGCUUUUGGAAGCAGAGUAGAGUGUAAUGGUCCUGGGAACUGGGCUUGUGACCUGAGAGGUUGCAGGUUUGAUUCAGGUUGGACACCGCCACUGCGGGUGAGACUAAACUGCUUCUGCGCGUAUCGGACUGCAUGAAUGGAUAUGCAGAUGCUGUGUGAGUCGCGCUGGAUGAGAGUGUUCGCUAAAUGGUGGUAAUUUAGCGAAAGGUUUGAGGAGAGCAGCUGCCUGGAUCCUGCAGGGAAUUCGCUGCUUGGAAGGUUCCUCAAGACUGUCACUGGCACGGCGAGGAACUGAGGACUUUUAAAUAAUAUUUUGGUUUUAUUGCCAGCUGAUCUAGAGCAACUAGUGUACCGCCAAAUGGUGGCCAGCAUUUUGAGGAAAGUGGGGAGGAGCUAAGAGAAAUACGCUGUGGCUGUGGAGGUGUGAGAGGGUGAUGUGAUUCCACGUGGGCUCAAUCAAGCAGACUUUAAUGUGUCAGGUUUUUUAUUGUGCGUUGAUAAGUGAAGGCGUAUUCUGAAAAAGAGGCGGUCAGGUGACUUUACUGAAUUGUAAUUGUUUACACCAGAAUCACUGCUGUGAUUUGUGUCUUCGUGCUCCUACGAAGGGAGUAAGAAUGAUUUUUUUAAACGUUGUUUUCUGAAUUCCUGGUCUGCAGAAAAGCUGUUUGACCAGUACCUAAUUUAUUUAGAACUGUCUUUGUGCAUUAGUUACUUCCAUUAAUUUUUUUUUUUUUUGUGUCGUUGUUGUCUCUGGCUUGAUUUUAAAUCUCAUAAAUGUGCUGUAUGAAUUGAAAUAGAUUUAAGGAAAGAUAUUUAAUGCUUGUUUUUGUACACAGGUGGUACACUUUUGUUUAUUCUGGCUUUUUGGUUCAUUGUGGAAAUGUGUUCAUUGAUUCCUCAACUUUAUUUUGUGUCGGCCCAAGUUUCUUCACUUACCCUGUACUUAAAGAAGCAAAGGCUGGUGCUGUGGUUUGACUCCAGUUCGAUUCUGCGUCGUCAUCCCAGGAGAAACAGUCCUCUUUUCCUGCUCACAGGGCGUGGUAAAGCAUUGGCCUUUAGCCAGCCGUGCUUCCCCCACCUCCCAGUUCUGUACUUUUCACGUGUAACUGCCGGGAGGAAACGGUAUUGUGCUGCGAUUGAAGACGACUCUCGGAUAUGAAUGUACAAUUAUUUGAUGCGAUUGUCUUGAGCUGUAGUGUGUAAGAGAUGAGAAAUGUUUUUAAAGUUUUGUGUUAUAUUUUUAAGUCGCACAAUCAAGGGAAAAGAUUUUUUUAAUGGUGAGUUUUGAAAAUGUACAAAUUGGAAUGACGUAAUGCUGAAAUGAGAUGACCAAUAAAUGUCUAGAUUAUGUA